CGCUUCUCUCUCUCCAACCCGGAAGCGGAGCCCACAGGAGACAUCAGGGUCAGGGCUGGGGAGCAAAGUUCCGCCGAGGCUUCAUUGUACAUAGCACGCAGGUGCGCGCGCUCCACAUCUGCGCACUGCUGUGCGAGCGAGAUCGACGCCUGCGCAGGAGAGGGUAGGCGGUCGCUGGCUGAUCCUUCGGUCAGGCCCAGUUCAGAGCGGCUCCUCCCUCUCCCGGGUGCCAGCCCCCUCCUUCCUCUCCCCGGCAGCGCUGCUGCUGCUGCUGCUACUACACCGGGUAGGUUUCCAGUCACUAUGGCGGCUGGCGCUGGGAAGGUCAGAAGAAAGUUUUCGUUGUCGGCGGCCGCCUCAGAACGACACUGAGCGGGAGGCAUCCGGGCCCGGCCUCCAGGCCUCUCCCGUAGCCGGAGCAGGGCCAGCCCCGCUGGGCCAGCGGAGACCCUGCUCCUCAGGAGAGAGCGACAAACGGCAUCCCGAUGCGCAGCCACCUGCGGAGACCCUGAGCGGAAUAGAUCCCUCCCCCUUUGGCCGGGCGGCGGGAGACCUGACUUACUGUAGCUAGCCCCCGUCAGAGACACCCCUGCCCUCCUAAGGCAGCCCUCCUCACUGAGACAUCCCCCCCAUCUGAGGGGCGAUUCCUCCUCCUGUCAGUCCAACCUUCGUGAGCUCCUGCAAACCCCCUGUCUGCCACCUCUCCUCAGAGUUGAGGAGGCCCUCGCCCCUUCAGUUGGUCCUGCAAGACCCUUCCUCUGUUUCUCCCCGGGUGGAGAACAAUUUGAAGCCCUUCUCUACCCUUUAUCAAAUUCCUUACCUGAGUGACCGAUUGAAACUCUAGCCUCGGGUCAGUUUUUUUCUGGUGUAGGGGAAGAGAACAGUGUAGCUUUGCUACCUCUAGUCGAGGACCACCCAUCCUACUUUAUCUUACUGUCUGAAGAAGAUGAAAUGUGGACUGUCAUGUGGAUCAACUGAACGGACUGUCUUUUGUGGAGCGAAUGCUUCAUACGCAUUCUCCAACUCUUGAUCUGGGUUCUGAGGCUGGUUAGACGCUAAACCUUUUUUAUCCCUUGACCCCAGCCCCCUAAAUCUUUCCUUGCUUUCAUGCUGCAUUGGUCAAUAUUUUGGUAAGUGCUGUUUACGGAAUAAAAAAAAAAGAAGGCAGUCUAAAUCCCCAACACAAGUAUUUGUGUGUGACUCAUCUACUUGGAUUUAAAGACAUCUCCACCUUCUUCUUCUUGCUUCUCAUCUGCAAAGUCAGAUGUUUGUUCCUGUUCUUCCUGAUGAGCAUGGAUUGAAAGUUGCACAUUCUAGAUUUUUUUCAGGGUGCCGCUGAUACUGUUAAAGGACAUGAUGGGGCUUUUUCACUGGAUUAUUGCCAGGAUCAGUUUACACACUGCAACAAUGAGUUGUUAGGCAUGUACAGGUAACAUUUGUCCUGCUUUGAUGUAAAAUUGCUGGGGAGAUUUGGGAUAAAAUUUUGUGGAAGGCAGUCUGGAUCAGGAAGAGUUUCUCUUCGUCCCUGUUUGGCGUGACAUCCCCAAUCUGUCCUCGAUGCCUUCAGCCUUGGCUAUCUUCACUUGCCGCCCGAACUCUCACCCAUUUCAGGAGCGCCAUGUCUACCUGGACGAGCCUGUCAAAAUCGGCCGUUCGGUGGCUCGCUGCCGGCCAGCUCAAAAUAAUGCUACUUUUGACUGUAAGGUGCUGUCCAGGAACCAUGCUCUUGUCUGGUUUGACCACAAGACAGGCAAGUUCUAUCUUCAAGACACUAAGAGUAGUAAUGGUACCUUCAUAAACAGUCAGAGAUUGAGUAGAGGAUCUGAGGAAAGCCCACCAUGUGAGAUUCUGUCUGGUGACAUCAUCCAGUUUGGUGUAGAUGUGACAGAGAACACGCGGAAAGGUAAGGUUACCCAUGGAUGUAUAGUUUCCACAAUAAAACUAUUUCUCCCAGAUGGUAUGGAAGCCCGGUUACGGUCAGAUGUCAUCCAUGCUCCAUUACCAAGUCCUGUUGACAAGGUUGCUGCUAACACUCCCAGUAUGUACUCUCAGGAACUGUUUCAGCUUUCUCAGUAUCUGCAGGAGGCCUUACAUCGGGAACAAAUGUUGGAACAGAAGUUGGCCACCCUUCAGCGAUUGCUUGCUGUCACACAGGAGGCUUCAGAUACUAGUUGGCAGGCUUUAAUAGAUGAAGACAGACUACUAUCAAGGUUAGAAGUCAUGGGAAACCAAUUACAAGCCUGUUCAAAAAAUCAAACAGAAGAUAGUAUACGAAAGGAACUUGUAGCAUUACAGGAAGACAAACACAACUAUGAGACAACAGCCAAAGAGUCCCUGAGGCGGGUCCUUCAGGAGAAAAUUGAGGUGGUCAGAAAACUCUCUGAAGUGGAGCGAAGUUUAAGUAACACUGAAGAUGAAUGUACUCACCUGAAAGAAAUGAAUGAGCGGACUCAGGAAGAAUUAAGAGAAUUAGCAAACAAGUACAAUGGAGCUGUAAAUGAAAUUAAAGACCUCUCUGACAAACUAAAGGUGGCAGAAGGAAGACAAGAGGAAAUCCAACAGAAGGGGCAGGCAGAGAAAAAGGAAUUGCAACAUAAAAUAAAUGAAAUGGAAGAGCGAGAACAAGAGCUUCAGGCAAAAAUAGAAGCUUUGCAAGCAGAUAAUGAUUUCACCAAUGAACGGCUAACUGCUUUACAAGUACGGUUAGAACACCUUCAAGAGAAAACUCUUAAAGAACACAACAGCUUAGGCAUACAAGUUGAUGACUUCAUACCUAAAAUUAAUGGGAGCGCAGAAAAAGAGCACUUUCUUUCAAAGAGUGGAGGGGACUGCACUUUUAUUCAUCAGUUCAUAGAGUGCCAGAACAAGUUCAUAGACGAAGGACGUCUAACCAAAGUGGAAGAAACAAAGCUUUUGAGAGAAAACCAAGCAAGAGCAAAAGAAUCUGAUUUGUCAGAUACUCUUAGUCCAAGCAAGGAGAAAAGCAGUGACGACACUACAGAUGCUCAAAUGGAUGAACAAGAACUAAAUGAACCUAUUGCUAAAGUAUCUCUUUUAAAAGAUGAAUUGCAGGGUGCUCAAUCAGAAACAGAGACUAAACAAGAAAUUCAGCAGCUGCACAAGGAGCUGAUUGAAGCCCAAGAGCUGGCUAGAACAAGUAAACAAAAAUGCUUUGAACUUCAAGCACUACUGGAAGAAGAAAGAAAAGCAUACCGGCUGCAGGUUGAGGAGUCCACCAAGCAAAUACAGUUUCUGCAAGCCCAGCUGCAUAGGUUGCAGGAAGAUAUUGAGCAUCUUCGUGAGGAAAAGGAGAAUGAAAUUUCAAGCACUCGAGAUGAAUUGCUACGUGCUCAAGAUGAGAUUCUGCUACUUCAACAAAGGGCAGAAAAAGCUGCAUCAGAACGAGACACUGAUAUUGCUGCUUUGCAAGAAGAGCUGCAGGAGGUGCGGGCUGAACUUGAACGUUGGCGAAAAGAAGCCUCAGAAUACGAAAAAGAAAUUGUCAAUCUUCAAGCCAGUUUCCAGCUGCGAUGUCAGCAGUGUGAGGAUCAGCAGAGAGAGGAAGCUACUCGUUUACAAGGUGAACUUGGAAAGUUGAGAAAGGAGUGGAGUGAUCUAGAAGCUGAAUGCCUCUCCUUAAAGAAUGAGAAUAUUUUGCUUGCAUCUGAACUUCAGCGACAAGAGAAGGAGCUUCAUAGUUCUCAGAAACAGAGUUUAGCGCUAACCAGUGAUCUAAGUGUUCUUGAAAUGACCCGAAAGCAACUUGAAAAUCAAGUGGGAUCUUUGAAGGAACAACAUCAACGCGAUGCAGCUAGUCUAAAAACUCUACUCAGUGAAGCUGAGAAUCAAGCAAAGGAUGUUCAGAAAGAGUAUGAAAAGACACAGACUGUACUCUCAGAGCUGAAGCUGAAGUUUGAGAUAACUGAGCAAGAAAAGCAAUCAAUCACAGAUGAGCUCAAACAAUGUAAAGACAACCUGAAGCUGCUACAAGAAAAAGAAAACAAUAGACAAUGGCCCUGGAUGCCUCUGAUGGCAGCUUUGGUUGCUGUAACAGCUGUGGUGCUGUACUCAGGCCUAACCAGAGCUUCUCCAUGAGAACUGUUGUUGAAUCCAUUCACCGUCCUCCCUUUAGAAGCUGGCAUCAUUCACAUACUGGGGAAAAACAGAUUACUUCUCUUCCUUUUUACCUCUUAAUACAACAAAGCUCUGUGUGAGAACAGUAGUAGGGUCAUUGCUUUAAACUGUAUAAAAUGUAUCUGUCUAUAAAGAGGGAAUAAAAUUAUGACUUCAUUCUACUGUGAGCAAUAUUUUUGCUUACAAUUUCAUGUAAUUUUUAAAUUAGUAUGUUGGGAUUCUAAAUACUAUUAUGGUGGCCUAAAGUAGGCUUCUUGGUACCAAAUUAUUUAUAAUGGGUAGGUUUGUGGAUAUUUUACUUUAGAAUCUGAUUGCCAAAUUUAAAAGAAAAACACAUUUCUGAUUUGGAUGCCCAUGUCAAAUAACCUUACAGAUACUUGGAAACAGAGGCAGUAUGCUCAGUGCCUUUCAGUUUGAAAUAUUUUUUUUACAUUUAUGUAGCAUUUUUACUUACUGCAAGUCACUGAACUAGUGGGAACAAGACUUAAAAUAACUUCUCUUUCCAGGCCUUUUGAAGGAAACAGAUAUUUUGCUUCAGUAAUGAUUCUGCUUUAUUAAUAAUUUUGGGAAUAAAUACAAUUCAUUUCCAGCCUUAAAGAGACAGAUAAGACAUUGGAUGGCAAACACCUGCCUAGGAUAUUUUGUGUGUGCGUGUGGGAAUGUGUGCUUGUGUGUGUUCUUGAGUGAACUAAGGUAUUUCUGGGAGCAAAAUCUUGGUCAUUUGAUGGACGUAGUGCAGUGAUCCAAUUUAUAUUACCUUUAGUUCGAAUGUAAUUUAUUAAAUUUCAUAUAUUUAAAGAGAGACAUUCUUUAAAAUUCAAAUAUUUUCACACAUAUCACAUUUUAGCAACUUAUUUUUUCAGUCAUUUAGUACUUUCAAAACUGAACUGAAGAAAUAAUAUUUGUCUAUUUAGGUAAGUUUUUGUUGAAAACUUCAAUAUGGGAGGUGCUACAAUGCAUCUAUGGGUAACUGAAAAAAUCCAAGAUAGGCAAGCUGUUGCCAAGUUAGAGUCAUCUAACUGGUCGUGUAUGCAUCAAGUUAAUAAGCUGAGAGUGUUUACUUUUGGUAAUUAGAAACUUUUGCAUCAACAUUACAUGACACAAUAUGCAUAAUAUAGCUUCAUACAGUGGUCCCUAUUAAAAAGUUUAUUUCCUAGUUGAAGGGUGGCAACUGUUGUUAGUUAUUGACUUUUUGAUUGGGUAACCACUGUAGUUAAACAAUGAAUUAAGUGUUGGCUAUAGUUAUCUUGUGCAACUCAACAGUUCAGUUAAAAAAGUUUUAUUAAGGUUCUAUAUAACAUACUAAAGGAUUGCAAAGUAAAAUGAAUUCAUCUAAUGGAAAUUUAAGAAUAGGAAGAUAAUCUCAGCAAAGAUUUAAUUGGCUUUAAAAUAUUUAAUGGCAAUCAACAGAUAUAGUUGAAUAUUUAAAUAGAAUUUUAGCAUAUAAUUUGCCUUGUGAGGUUUUGAGGGUCAUUGUCCUUUAAUUAAAGGUUCUAUCUUAAAAUACUUGGGAUUUGCUAAUGGGAGGAUUAUUAGAUUUAUGGAAGAAUAAGUCCACAAGUGACUUUUAGACUAUAAUAUUGGAUCACCUAGUUAACAUUUCAUCUUUUUCAGUUGCAGGAAGCCACCCAAUCACAAAACACUCAUAUGCCAGUGGUACUCUGUACCUCUUGUAUAUAGAUUAUUGCAAAUAUUGUUCUGAAAUGCUUUACUUCAGAAUUACAUUUUUUAAAGUAAAUUGUUUUAAAUCUAUUUUGUAAAGGUAUAAAAAGUACAAUAGAAUUUCUCGAGUACAGAUUAAACUAUUUGCACUAACACACGUGAUGUGCAUGAUUUAAUAAAAUAACUUUACUCUCCGUA